GAAAUUAGCAUUCCAGCCAGAGUAGAAACAAAUAACUCUGGAUUUCGAAUCUAUUUUGAUGAUCUAGCAAACCAUUACAGUAGUUUCAUAGUUUACUCUGCACUCUGCAGGGUAAUUGAAAUUAAUAGAUUGGGGGACAUAUUUGUAAUGGCCUUGUCCUAGUCUCAAGGUUGUGUGUUGUCUGUUGGAUACAUGGCUCCCUAAUAUAAGAGGCAGCAGAAACGACAGAAUGUGCCUGAUGGUAGAAAAGUCAUAAUAAUGGUUCUCUUUAGAAUGAUUGUUUGGAAUCAUCUAUGUUCUCAUAUUCCUCAAAUAAAACGCAGAGGGAUUGUUGGAUUAAACGUUAUUACUUCUCCAUGAACAUAUCCGGAUUCUCUGUAAGCAACACGAACUAAAGUAAUGAGAAUUAUUUCUCGAUUGUUUCGAGGAAGAUGCAACAUGGAAGGCUGACUAGAGACAAUAUCUGCAGUCGCUUUCUGAGACAUGUUGAAUUAAAUUAAACAUGUACGUAUAUACAUAUCCGAUGUCUCGAUUAUUUUGAGGAAACUUGUUAAAAAACAACAAAUAUAUUUGGUCUAGCAUCAAAGGAUGUACUAGCAUAAUUGUUGUUACAUGAGUCUCACCCCCCUCGCUCUGUUCACCACCAGAAAUGAAGUAUCAAAAGAGGCUCCGCGACGAGGUUGAGAGAGUUCUUCCUGAAUGGAAACGUCAGUUCAUAUGUUACAAGGGGCUGAAGAAGCAGUUGAAGCUGAUUAAUCCUCGGUCGUCAAGGGACAGAAGGAUGGGUGGUGAUCGGCCAGGAUUUGCCACAGGCAGAUUCUUGGCCGUGAAUAAUAAUAUCAGGGAGAGAAUUGGUUUCACCCGAUUAUUACAUAGUGAACUCAACAAGGUUAAUGCGUUUUAUUUUGAUAAAGAGGAAGAUUAUGUCAUCCGAUUGAAGGAGAUGCAACUUAGGGCUGGAAAUUUGGACCGUAAUGAAGAGAAGUUGCAGGUGCAGAGGGACAUAUUAAAUCUUCACGCAGAGAUGGUUUUGCUGCUGCAUUACAGUGUCCUUAACUUCACAGGGCUGGUCAAGAUAGUGAAGAAGCACAACAAGAGGACAGGCACUUCCUUUCAGUUUUCCUCCAUGCCUAGGGUUAUGCAACGACCAUUCUUCUCCACUGAUUUGCUUUACGAACUCAUGAGGCAGUGUGAAACAAUGCUGGAUGGCCUUUUUCUUUCAAAACAACCUUGAGGACACUAUUCCAACAUUCAUAGCCUAUAUUAUAUAUAGCAUGAAUAACACCAGCCAUGCUCAUUUCACCAAGGAGGGAAGACUUCUUAGCCAGCGAUUUGUAAUAUGUCUCACUAUAUUUUGUAUUUUCUUGGUGGCUACAUUAAAUUGAUAAAAUUUAACUUGUGUAAAACUUUUAUCCUGUAGUUGCCUUUCUUCUCCCUCCUCAAGGAUGGAUUUGAUUUUUAUUCUUGGAAGUUAAAUCAAU